AUGCUAACGUCUCCUGUGUCAUUUCUUUUCUUACAACGUCCUGUUAUUUAUUUCUCUAUAAGAGUAGUGUUUGGUAUUAAAUUCAAUCAAAGUAGUAAUAAAUCUUGCAGCUGUAAAUUAUAUUAUUCCAAAAAAUUACCUCUGUAUAGUGAUUUUAAUAAACAAAAAAAUCAACACAAUAAAGAUGGAAUGAAUAAAAUGAAAAUAGUGUCACUACUUAAGUUUGAGCGUGACAGCCAUGCCACACCUUUUUACCAAUUACCGGCAUCAAAGUUACUACAUAUAUAUAGGACAACUAAAAAUGAUCAGGAAAAUGGUUAUUGCACAAAUAGAUUGUAUUACAUUGCAUCUCAAAUUAAGUGUCCACCAUCAAUGUUAAGUGAACGCCUUGCUAAAAGAACUUUUGUUUAUGAUUUAUCAUUUGAUUGGCUAGAAAAAUCCCUGAAAGUUUUAUUAGACAAAGGUAUAUCACCUGAUCGAGUUUUACGAGAUUUAUGGGUGCUUAAGUAUCAUCAUAAGACUAUAGACGAAAGACUGCAGGCAAUAAAAGAUUUAGGUAUUGAACCUUUAUACCCUUGGAUGGUGCGAUGCUCAAAGGAUAUCCUUAAGAGGUACAUAGAGAUAUAUCAAGAAACAAAAACUAUAUUAGGUGAUAAUAAAUCUAACAAAAUGUAUUUAGCUAAACGCUUAAAUACUAACUUAAAAGUGGUAGAAGAAAUGAAUGCUAAAGUAUGUCUAGAACGUAUGAGUGUAAGCAAGAUGAAAAACUUCCUUGACUUUUUAAUUUCUGAAGGAAUUUCAUUGGAAGAAAUUAUAAAUAAACCAAGGAUUCUAAACGCAUCCCAAAUAACUGUGAAAAGAAGACUUGAGGCAUUGAGAAACCUAGGGCUGAAAGAAAUAAAUCUUAACAUACUUUGUCGAAGUAAAAAAGACUUCAAAAAAUACUAUGAGUGUAUGCAAUCGGCAUGUAAGGACAAAAAAUAA